AUGAAGUCACAAGAAGCCGCUUUCCGCGAUAUGCGCAAGCCUGCGAAAAAGCCAAAAGUAGCAGUCGUGAACACCCCAGCUACCCCCAAAGGAAUCGCAAAGAACAAAUCGAGGAAUGAACGGCGCAAGGCUGCUAGAAGAACAGCGGCAUUGAUGAGAGAGCAAGGACUUCCCGUUGCGAAGAAGGGAGCAAAGACUGAAGCGGUUGCGAAGGAGGGAGAUGAUGCAGAUAUGGAGGUGGAGGAAGUGAAGGAGAAGGAGCCUGAAUGA